AUGGCGGAAAUCGAAACCAUAGGUAUACACGACGAGGUUCAGUCCAUCGUCUCCGAUAAGCUUCAAGUGGUUUCCUACAAAUGGCUCAGUCGGAACUUUUUGGUUUCUUCCAAUGCUGCCAAGAGGCUGCUAGAGGAGUUUGUGGAGAAGUAUGGAAAUGGAUUGGAAGUGAUUUACUCUUUAUCCGGCUGGUUGAAGAACAACCCAUCUACUUACCAUAUAAGGCUCGUGUCCAAGGAUAAACUCUCAGAUGCAAGACAAGAAUUCAAAGGAGAUUGUUCCAUUCAGGUUUACAGUAUACAAGCUUGCCUACCAAAGGACCCAGCAACCCUAUGGAAUCAUGAAUUUGUUCAAGCCGAAGAUCUCUUUAAGCAACCAGUGGCAGUUGAUAAUUGCUUGCGGGAUAACAGGUUCUGUGGAGUUUCAAAUUCAUUUGUUAAGCGAGCUGCGGGAGGAGUAGCCACAGGCACGGGGAUCCUGCAGGUGAAGACCACUGGACGUUCUGUGGGGUCCACAAGUUCAGCAAAGCCUCAGCAGCCUCCCGAGAGUACAAAAACUGUGAAAAUCGAGAGUGUUGUGAAGCUAGAACGAGAACAAAGGGGCCAGCUUGCUGCAGAUAAAGAAAAAGGUUUCCAGUUGUCCCGUAACAACAAAAAUGGUCAAACUGAUAAAAACUCUUCAGGAAGUGGAGGCGCAUUGGCUAGCAUGUGGGGUCGUGCGUCUGCUAAGCCUAAACCUGAUGCUGUUUUACGGCAGGCCAAUGACUCCAAACAAACCUAUGCUGCCAGUGCAGAAGCUCAAAUCCGUGCUCUUGACUCGGUUGAACACGCUAGCAGUGAUGAAGAUGCCCAUGAUUUCAGUGUUAAGAGAACAUCUAGUGGAGAAAGCAGUAGAAAGAGGAGAGUUGUCUUCGAGUACUCAGAUGAGGAAGAUGAAUGUGAAGAUGCAGUGAAUCUAGCAUCACCCGACCCUCCGAAAAAGUCUGCAUCGUGUUUAAAAGGCGAGACGAGUGCUUUUGAACUGGAGUGCAAAUUAAGUUUCCAGGAGAAGGAACAUAAGCCAAAGACGAAUGAGGCGAAAGCAGAUGACGUGAUAAGUAACCGAGAUUCAGAAGAAAAGAAGAUUGAGGCUCCCGCUUCAGAUAAGAACCUCAUCGAUGUUCCUAAACCAGAAUCUUGUGAGAAAGAUAAAGUGGCUAAUGUUGCAGCGAAGAGGAAAAAACUAUUAAAGACACGGAUUGAUGAUCGGGGCAGAGAAGUUACCGAGGUUGUCUGGGAAGGUGAGGAGCCAGAUAGAAAAUGCAACAAUAAUUCAGCUAAAGUUGCUGAGAGCAACACGACAAACAAAGCCACUAGCAGGCAGCCGGUGGUGAAAAAAUCGCCUGCGUUAACAACCACAGCAUCAAAUCAAGCAGGAAAAGCUGGAAACAAAAAGGGCCUAAAUAAGGAUCCCAAGCAGGGCAACAUAAUGUCAUUCUUCAAGAGGGCGUGA